UCAGAACGUGUAGACAAUCCUAUCAUCGCGUUGUAAUGGGUGAGGCAAAAUUUUAUUGUGACGUGAUUGAUUCUUGUCGAGAAUAAUUCGGAAAUAUUCCGUGGGAUGACGCGGCGCCACAUGUUGAAUUUGUUUACUUUUUUUCAAAAUAGUGACGUUGAUAAGGGUCUAUCGAGGGUUGUAUAGGCCCCGCCCAGGGGCGGUAUCAAUGACAAAUAACGAAAAAAGAUCGGAAAAAAUGGAGAAUUAUUUGAAAAACUUGUGAAGACCCUUGGAAUGAUAGUCGGUUUAUUUAAUCUUGAGUGGUAUAUGACAUCAAAUGUGUGUGUAAUAAAUUCUACUAUGCUAUUCAUACACAAUCCAAACUGACUUCGUUAAUCAUUGAAAACGCGAUGUUUGCCGCCCUUCCCUCUUCGUUCCUCCGCGCUGUCCACGUGUCAGUUUUGUUUCUCGGGUAAUCGAGUAUACGGACUCCCUUGCUACGUCUGGGAACAGUUUUCAUGCAGUUGAAAGGGGCUUUUCUUGCAGUUAUUUACUGACUGCAGUUAAAACAAAAUAUAAGUAAACCCUUAUUUUUUCGGAAUGGUGUCGGUUUUAAAUACCGUGGACACGGGCCACGAAGACAUGAUACAUGACGCUGAAAUGGACUAUUACGGAUUAAGGUUAGCUACCUGCUCGAGUGACAAUUCAGUGAAGAUUUUCGAUCUCAAGAACGGGACGCAAACUCUCGCUGCUGACCUCAAAGGACACGUUGGCCCGGUCUGGCAAGUCACCUGGGCCCACCCCAAAUUUGGGAAUAUAAUUGCCUCCUGCAGCUAUGAUAGAAAAGUCAUAAUAUGGAAAGAGCUUGGAGAAUGGACAAAGAUCUACGAGCAUGCGAGUCAUGAUUCGUCAGUUAAUUCUGUAGCAUGGGCACCCCACGAAUUUGGCUUGAUACUAGCCUGUGGUAGUUCCGACGGUUGUAUUUCAAUUUUAUCAAACAACGGAGAUAGUUGGGAUGCCCAGAAAAUUCCAAGCGCUCAUACUAUUGGUUGCAAUGCCGUCAGUUGGUGCCCUGCUAUCGAACCAAGCUAUGAUUCUACUGCAAUGAAUCCACGUGGUGGACCGAUCAAGAGACUUGCAACAGGGGGAUGCGACAAUUUGGUGAAAAUAUGGAGAGAGGAAAACGACAGAUGGAUAGAAGAAAAUAAGCUAGAAGCACACAGUGAUUGGGUCAGAGAUGUUGCCUGGGCACCAGCGGUUGGACCCCCAAGAGCGGCAUUAGCUUCAUGUUCACAAGAUCGUCGUGUAGUAGUUUGGACAUCAACAGACUGCACGAGUUGGACUUCUACGGUGUUGAAUGUUUUUGAUGACGUUGUAUGGAAUUUGAGUUGGUCUUUAACAGGAGGGAUCCUGGCGGUCAGCGGGGGGGAUAAUAAGGUGUCUCUGUGGCGAGAAAACUCAGAGGGUCAAUGGGCCUGUAUUUCAGAACUGAACAAGGGACAAGGGAGCCUCAAUAAUCCGGAACAACGAGUGCUAUAAAUUAAAUAGCUAACGAAGAGAUAGAAUCAUAUCGGAUUCUGCAAUCUAUACCAACAAAUAUACCAUGUAUUAUGUGCAAAGAGAA